UUUAAUUUGGCCUUGAUAUUUAUUUCAACCACAAAACAUGUUGGAAAGUACGUACGGUUCAUAUUUUUUGUGUAACUUAUUUGUCCCAUUUCAGAAUGGAGUUAAUUGUUAAAGUUUACCACUUGUUUCCCUCUUCUAUAAGAGAAUUGUCAAAAGUUGUGACGAUAGUGUUUGAUAAAUUCCUCAGUCUGUUUGAGUAUCUCUACCCGGACUUUGGUGUUUAAAAAUUGCAAAAUGUUGGAAGAAGUAGUAAAGGACUAUUCAGACUAUUUUAAAGUGGAUAUUGCGAGUGGAUUUCAAACUGUCCAAGAUGUUAUCGAUAACAUGCUGACAAGGCUUGAAGAACUCGCUAGUGUAUUGCAGAUGAUAAAGUUAAAAAACAGCGAUUGCAGUCAGGCUGUCACCGAAGACAUCAAUAGAUACCGUGCCGAGGUUACGACACUGUCUAAAAAAGUGUAUACCCUUAACAAGGUUAUUGAGAAACUUCAAUCAAAUAUGGAUGUCCUUGAAAAACAAGUGGAGAAAGCAGAACUUGAUUUUGGAGUUAAUAACGACAAUAAGAUUCGAAGCUUUUUGAAACCUUUCCUUAAAAGAGCUAAGGACGCCAUACCUGCAAGUCACACUAUUUCCACCAUGGAGAAAGUACAGUUUGAAAGUGUCCUCAACAAUUUUGAUUCUCUAAAUGGAUCAUGAUGUUUGUUGAUGGUGAUGUUUCGCUACAUAAUUACAUCAUACAGAUGACCCAUGUAUUGUAAUUGAAAUUGCAUGUACAAAAUUGACAAUAACAGAUGUGUCGCAUGGACACGGGGCUGUAGUUUUAAAAACAGCUGAUGGCACUUCUCUUGCAA